AUGCGGGGUUUCAGAUCAUCCUGGUUACCUGUAGCUGCCUUACUUCUCGUUCGACUGAUAUCUCCCGCGGAUGCAAUCUGGCCAUUCUCUCCGAAGAGAUUCAGCGGAAAUGCACUUCUCGAUGCAGGAUCCAGAGGUGUCGAUGCAGACGAGACUAUAAUCGCGUUUGGUGACUUCAAUGGCGACCAGUUCUUGGAUUUACUUGGUCUUGCAUCCGACCGCCAAACCAUGUCAGUAUAUCUAUGGGAUCAUGAUGAAUACACGUUCAAGAAGUCUGCGGUCUUCCGGCAUCCACGGAGGGUCUACAACGUUGUGCCUGGAGAUUUUACGCAGGAUGGAAGACUAGAUUUGCUUGUGUUGGGCCAAACUGCGUCUAGUAGUCAACUUUCCAUUCAAUUAUAUGUCGCCCGCCCAGGGGGUGCCUUCGAACUGCAUCCAAGUUCAACGACCCCGUCCACACUGGCCCAGCCCAUACCAAUGGACUUAAAUGGCGACAUGAAGAUAGAUUUGUUUGGAAUCUCCUCGCCGCCUGAUCGGAAUGCCCCCUACAAAGUAUGGGAGAACGUAUGGAAUGCGUCGCAACAGAACAGCCCAGUAUUUAAUCUUAAACGUCCAAAAUUUAACGGUGCUCAGUGUACCUUAGCGAAUCCGCAUAGCAAUGCUGCAAUCGACUUGAAUGGCGACUGCUUAGCUGAUAUAUUCUUGGUUUGUGACGAGGGCAACGGGCGGAAAUAUUUCCAAAUUUGGGUCAAUAACAAGGAUGAUGGAUUUGCUCUCGCGCAGCAGGAGCGACUUCCUCAAGGGACGCAGACAAUUUCCUUUGGAGAUAUUGAUCGAGAUGGAACCAUCGACAUGGUUUUUGCUACCUGCUCAUCAGUGUCGUCAAGCACAGGCAUCGGCAAGGACUGCUAUAUCAAUAUAGCAUAUAACCAACAGUUACCCCUUUGCUCCUCGAGUACGAGCUCGGGCGUCCAAAACGGCAAGCGUAUAUGUCGUCCACCAGAUCAGUUGUGUACGGCCGACCCGGAUUUCCGCUUCGACCUGAGUCAACGGAGCGGUAACGACGCUUUUGUGCGCUUCCCUGUGUCCGAUGUCUUUUCUUCGGCUCCGGGGUCGACAACCCCAGCUUCGCUGCUCGUCCAGGACACGACCCAGAACCCCGCUCUUCCGGUCACUCUAAAGUUAGGUGAUGCCAACCAGGAUGGCUUCCCCGACAUUCUGGCAAUUGUUGCUUCGGGCACAGGCUCGGGUAGCCCCCGUACGCCCCAACUCGCACUCUCUGUUCCAUGUAGUACCGGGGUUGGCGGUUGUGGUUCGAACGGCCACGGCCGCCGGGGGUUCAAAAAUGUCAAGAAAGGCGCAGAAGUACUCAGGAGUGUGCAGGAUGCACGAUCUGCUACGUUGCUGGACAUGGAUGAGGAUGGCACUCUGGAUAUUAUGGUACAACGUACGGGUGCUCAGGGGCAGGGAAACAUCUUGUUUGUGCAGAACAAUUUCUAUAAUGAUGCGUUCUUCCUGAAGGCAAUCGUCCUGAACGGUGCAUGCGGGAGUGGCCUCUGCAAGAAUCCGAACGGCUCUGGGACAUAUCAUCCCUUCGGCGUCAGCUAUUCUGGCGCAACUUACAAGUACACGGUGUUGGACACGUCCGGGCGCCGAUCCGCAGCCGAAGUUGGCCAACUUCCACAAACGUCGUACCAGUCACUCCUCACGCCGUACGCGUACUUCGGACUGGGGCGUACCAACAAUUACAUUGAGAACAUGUUCGUUGGCUCAACCAAGCACAGCGAAAAGCAUUAUAUCAACAUGGAGGGCGUGGUUCCAAAUUCAAAAGUGGUUAUCAUUCCUCCAAUGGAAGGAGAUGAUACGUGGAAGAGGGAACUGUAUCUGCGUCCGGGAGAAUGGAUCCCAUGGGUGAUGCUGACUGUUGUAGCUGCUACUGUUUUGCUAGCGGUGAUCGUGUUUGUGCUCCAUCUGAACGAGAAGAGGGAAGACGAACUCGAGCGCAGACGAGUCUCACAUCACAUCAACUUUGAUGCUCUGUAA